UUUGAAUUUGCCGCCGAACAACGAGCAUGCUCAAGUUAUUUGACUCGAUCGUGCUUUGACAGACGUGACGACAUAUCCUUCUAUUUCUCUCUCUUUUCAAUCCGUCUCUUUUUAAUUCCAACAGUUCUCGGUUCGGGACAAAAAUACAAGAUGGUGAACGUACCAAAACAACGUCGUACAUUUUGCAAGAAAUGCAAGGUCCACAAGCCACACAAAGUGACACAAUACAAAAAAUCCAAAGAACGUCAUGCUGCCCAGGGUAGAAGGCGUUAUGACAGGAAACAGCAAGGUUUUGGUGGUCAAACCAAGCCUAUUUUCCGUAAAAAGGCGAAGACUACGAAAAAAAUCGUACUCAGAAUGGAAUGCUCAGACUGCAAGUACCGCAAACAAGUGCCACUGAAGCGUUGCAAGCACUUUGAACUUGGAGGUGACAAGAAACGUAAGGGACAGAUGAUCCAGUUCUAAGUUCCAUACACUGUUAAAUUAUCUUUAAAAAAAUAGACCAUCCUUUGUAUAUAAACUUUGUUUAUUCAUUUCUCAACAAACAUACAUUUUUAGCCACCAGUGUUGAUUUUGUAACUUAUAAAUUGAAAUUAACUGACAAUAAAUGGAACAGUUGAACCUGUACAAACAACAUCUCCAGUUUUACACAUUUAACAAGUUGAAAGAAAUAAUCAUAAUUGGUGCUGAAAUCAUAUUAUGAUGAAAACAAUCUUGCCAUAUCUAUAACCUAUGGUAGAUACAAAAAAAAAAGAUAUAUCAAUAAUAUUGUCUCACAUUAUAAACAUUUGGAUAAUCCUAUGAGAUUUUAAUAUUUUUUUAGGUUCAUGUUGAUAAAACUAAUGUACUUUAUCAAUUGAUCAUGCAAAUAUAGACAUGAUUAUGAAUCAAGAGGUUUUCUAAAAAUCAUAAAACCAUUAAUAUGACAUGAAAAUAUUAUUAAUAUUUGCAGUUUUUUCAUUGAUUUGACAAAAUAGGUUACUCUGAUUCAUUUUUCAACAUUUCUUCUGUUAACCCUGGUAUCACAUCAUCUGGAUUACUAUAAUAAAAAAAUGAAGACUGAUAUUAAAAUAAAAGCACCCAGAAUCAAUAUUUAGGACACCAUACAUAUUCAAGAUCAACAAUUAAUUUCUAACCAUCAAAAUAAUACCUCAAUGAAAUCAAUUCAUGGAAGUUAUUUAAAAAAAGAAAAGUACUUACUCUAAUAUCUCAGGAUCAGCACCUUCAUUUUGCAUCUUCAGUCUCACUGCAGGUGCAGGCACUCCAAACUGCAGCAUUUUGAAAAACUUUUUGAACCUAGGAUCCUCUUUGGCCUUGACCCCAUGCUGUUCCACAAUGACAGGCUGGGUGGACUCUCUAUGAUCCCCAACAGGAGAGUCAUCUCUUGUUUCCACUUCAGGCAGAUCUAAUUUAAUGGUUUCAUCUGGUAUAUCAAUUGCAAUUGGGUCAUCCUCAAUUUUAAUAUUAUCCAAGCCUGGUAUUGAUGAG